AUGCGGGUGGGUUCCAACCAACAACUCGCUAAAGCUAGUCGUAUUUGGUCAGUCGCAGAAGAUGAAGCUCUUAUUGGGCUAUAUUUAAAUUACAGUGGAAAUGCGAUAGUGGGUACGGGCAUGAAAGCAGCUGAACUUUGGCGACAAAUAUCUGCGGCGUACGACAUGGUUCAAGCUAAGAAGCUAGAAAUACUACCACCCAGAAAUGCGAAGAGUUUGGAGAACCGUUGGAGAAGGAUGGUGGCAGAUGUACUGUUAUGGACAAGUUGUUAUGAUGAAGCGGGUCCGUUAACUGGAAGUGGAUUCAACAAAGUUGAUCGAAUUCAAAAGGCCUCGAAGUUGUUCCAUAUAUCAGCCAAACCACCACACAAUUUUGUUUUUCCCCACGCUUGGGAAAUGAUAAAGAAUGACCCAAAGUGGAGGCCGAAACUCAGAUGGGCAUUGUCACUAAAGGAACAACAGGAUUGUCAACUGCGUCCGGAAGGGGACACCGAGGAUAGCAGUGGAAGUGGAAAGAGAUCGAGAACUGACAGUGAAUCUGAAGGAGAUGUUCCCGUUGGUGGGUUUUCAUUAGGAGGUAUACCCAAACCCGACGGGGUAAAAAAAGCAAAGGCUAAGCGUAAGGGAAAAGCUAUUGCUCAUUAUAGUGCAAUUUUAAGUAUUGGUGAACAGAUACAGGCUUGUACUGAAGUUAGAAGCUUUGAGGCAAAUUUACGGCAGCAAAGGUUGGAGCUUGAAAGGGAAAAGAAAAAAGAGGAAAAACAAACAGGUCGAAUUACAAGAGAAGAAGAUGAAAUUUGA